GCCAGCCCACCUACCUGGCCCACCGCGCCCACCUGCACGCAGCCGGCCGUCGUCAAGGCGCUAACAACAACAGAGGCAGCAGCAGCACGUCAGUGGUCGACCAGUCACGCGUCCCCCUUCCCCCCCCCCCCGCCGGCACAUAUACCUUCCCUCGUCGCGCGGCAUCAUCUCCCUCCCUCAUCCACCCACUACACCUCAACAACAACCACCACCACCACCACCCAUAACCAACAACAAUGUCUGACCUCUUCAACCAGGCCCAGGGCGGCGCCGCCAAGGCGCAGGAGUUCCUCAAGUCGGAGCAGGGCCAGAAGCUCGCGGGCCAGUACGGCGGCCAGAUCAAGGAUGCCACCGGCAUCGACAUCAACAAGUUCACCGGCGGCGCGUCGUCUGGCGCCGGCAACGCCCUCGGCUCUGCCCAGCAGGCCGGCGGCAACGCGCUCAACUCGGCCCAGCAGGCUGGCGGCAAUGCGCUCAACUCGGCCCAGCAGGCCGGCGGCAACGCCGCCAACUCGGCGCAGGGCGGCCUCCAGGGCCUCCAGAACCAGGCCCAGUCGGCGUACGAGGGCUUUGGCGGCAACGACAGUGCGUCGAGGCAGUAAGCGAGAGCGCGAGCGUAGCGAGCGCGAGGUAUGAGCGGGGGUGAAAGGCAGGCUCGUGAGCGCGUGCGCUCACUCGCCGCGCCGCGCGUCUCCGUUGCGUUGGAAGAAGGAAAGCCGGAAGAAGCGAAACCCUACAUAGACUACACGCCCCGAAGCGCCGUGGGCCGGGCAGCACAGCAAGCCCACUUCCCCCGCGGCGCUGAGGACGGGCGCGUACGGCACUUGAACACUUGGAGCGGGGCUGGGGGCGUAUGAAUUGUAAACCAACCUUGAUGGGCAGGGAGGGGGAGAGGCCGACCUCUCCUCUGAGCCCACGCGCGCGUGCGUGCUCGCUCGCUACGCUGCGCUAGCUGCUACGCAACUACGCAACGUAACAUCCCUGACAGCAACGUAGGCACCACGACGGGCGGGUUCGGGCGCAACGCCGGCGGCUCGGCAUUCUCGCGUGCUAACCAGCUCGGCGCCGACGCCAACAACACGAACGGCGCCGACGCGAGUUAUGGCAACGACGACGACGAGCAGAGCGACGGAUACAAGACGGGCACGAGCACACCAGGCUACCGCCAGGAGGGUGACGAGGACGGACGGGCUGCCGAGGCGCGCAUCCGCCAGGGCUUUGGCUUCACUUCGCUCGCCAAGAACAACGACGACGAGCCCAACAUCUAAGCGGUCGCGAUGAUGCGUGGACGCAUGACGCUCGGCGUACAGCACGCGCACACCACCCAGAUCCGGCCACCCGGCACUGGGAACCGGGAGCCACCCUCUCAUCCACCAGCCCGUUGUAGCACUGAAGUGGGAACCAUAAUGCAUGGAAAGUGACUUGUG